AUGCUUGCGGAGAAAGCUGUUUCAGAUUUGUGUUUAGUUUUACAGCGUCAUAAGGUCGAACAUCAGGGAUGGAGAAACGUAUUGAACCCGCAUACAACCAAUCGGAAAGACAAAUUGGUUGACAACAUCGAGCAUUAUGCAGCAUGUUCGACCGUCUCAUUCAAUAGUGAAGGACGCUUCAUUUGCACAAUUUGCUUACCAGACUCAUAUGCUCCUCGUGAUGGCUUGCCCACGCAAGGCCUUUCAAACGCAUUUCCAUCGAAACGAGCAGCCUUAGGCGAUGCAUGCUUCAAGUGCUUGGUUGAUCUACUCACCCGCGAUCCCGAUAAGGUGAUUUUGAAACCCAGUGUGUUCAAAUUUGGCGAACAGUCAGUGCGCGAGAUAUUAAAGGCAGCUCGCGAUGCACUCCAAUCCUCUAGAGGAGCUUCGGCAAGCAGUUGCCAGAUGCAAGUUGAUGACGUUGUGACUGGCAAGUACAGCGGUGUGAUGGUGAGGGACCGCUCACGUUCUCCAAAGCCUGAUCAUGCAGCACAGAGGGCGGUGAUCAUAGAAGGCUUUCGGGACAAAGCCACUGGCUCGUCCGUUCUGAACGACGAAGACGGUUGGGACAGAUUGAGAGCAGAUCUCGCACAUUUGAGGAACGGGAUGAAGGCAGAAGUGGACUCGGACGAUGAUCUGCCCCGCCAGGCAUGCGAUGAAUUCAACCAUAUAAGAAUAGUCGAGAACAUCGUUGAAAAUGUGUGGUCGCUGCAGGAGUCAAUCUCGGGUACUUUUAAGGACGGCAGUCGUCUGGAACAGCUGGUUAAGGAGUUGAAAGACGGGAAAGUUGACCCGAUGACCGACGAUUUUUUGGUUCUGAAUGUUGCUUCAGCUAAAGUUCGAUGCCGACCAGGAUCGCAACGAUCAGAGACAGUUUCGCGCUUCUACACUUUUGAUCAUCGGCGUUUGUGGUGCAUGGUUCAGGCUGGUUGCCGACGGAUUCGCUUACGGAUCAAGCCUGGCUUCAGUGGGAAGGCAUUCAACGAGUUCGCCAGCAAAGCAGAAGGCCUCGGGCGGAGAAUCACAGAUGUUCGCGUAAGGUACAGAUAG